UCCGGGAAAAUGGCGGCGGCCUGGAGGGCGGCUUUGGCUUUGGCUUUGGCGGCGGCGGCCCGGGCGUCUGCUAAGCGAGGGGCCUCUGUGGCGGCGGGGCCUCUGUGGGGCAGCCAUGGCGCCGGGGGAGGGAGGGCCGCCGCCGCUGCUGCUGCUAUUGCUGCUUCUGCGGUCGCAGGGGCCGCGCUGCUGGACUCUUCCCGCAAAAGGAGGAGCAGGAGAGGCUUCUUGACAGUCCAGGCUCAGAAGGAAGAGAAUAUAGAUGAAGAGAUGGCAGAAAAACUCUCCAUAAGAAAAAAACGUUUUAUGGAAUUUGCUUCCUUGGAGUAUGAAGGCGAAUAUUACAUGAGUCCAAGAGACUUCCUUUUUUCAGUAAUGUUUGACAAAUCAGGGCGUAAAACUUUGGCAAAGAAACUAACAAAAAAGGAGAUAGAUUCUGCACUGGCAAAUGUUGCAAAAGCUAAACCAGGGCCAACCUUUUUUAGAGACCUCGGAGAUAAAGGACUGAUAUCCUACACAGAGUACCUGUUUUUGCUGACAAUACUCACAAAACCACAGACUGGAUUUCAUAUUGCUUUUAAAAUGUUGGAUGCAGAUGGGAAUGAACAAGUGGAAAAAAAGGAAUUCUUUAAGCUUCAGAAUAUUAUUGGAAAACAAGAUGAACUUAAAGGGGUUUCAGGAGAGGAAGCACUAACUUUGGAGCCAGAAUUGGAAGAUUGUGGUAUUAAUACCAUGUUACUGGUCCACUUCUUUGGAAGAGGAGGAAAAGAAAAACUUCAGUAUUGUGAAUUCCACAGGUUUAUGCAGAAUUUACAAACAGAGGUGCAAGAAAUGGAAUUCAUCCAGUUUUCUAAAGGCCUAGUCUGCAUGAGAAAGGAGGAUUUUGUAGAGUGGUUGCUGUAUUUCACUGAGGAAGAGAACAAUGAAGUUUACUGGCAAAAUGUGAAGGAGAGGAUCCAAGGAGGAGAGAGUAUCAGUAUGGAGGAAUUUAAAACUUUCUGCCAGUUUACAAACCGCUUAGAAGACUUUUCAAUUGCCUUGAAAAUGUUUACUGUAGCCAGCCGUCCUGUUAAACAAGCUGAAUUCAAAAGAGCUGUGAAAGUGGUUACAGGACUGGAACUCUCAGAAAAUAUUUUGGACACCAUCUUCAAGAUCUUUGAUUUAGAUGGAGACCAUUGCCUCAGCCAUGCAGAGUUCCUUGGAGUUCUGAAAAACAGGAUGCAUCGAGGCUUAUGGGUGCCUCAGCAGCAAGGAGUCCAAGGUUACUGGAAAUGUGUGAAAAGAGAGACCAUUAAAGGAGCAAAAGAAGUCUGGAAGCAAACAGGAAAAAGUCCUUUUUAAACAUAUCCAUAAGAAUGUGAUUUUGCUACUAUAAAUUUUGCUUCACUUUGUGUGUACUGUAUUUUGUUGAUAUGCUGUCCAUAUUACAUAUUAAAAAAUCACUUUAUAAGUUAAGUAUUGAGCACAUUUGUUUUCUCCAUGUAAUUUUGCAAUAUCUGUCAAUAUAAUCGGGGGGCUGGGGGGCUGUUGUCUUAAGACUGUUAUGAUUUAUAGCUUUUAUAAAAAGUAUUUCAGAUAUUACUGAAAGUUGUAAGAAACGGUUUUUAUUAAAAUUCUUAUUUUGAUCUGGAAUUUAAUAGAAAUUAUUGGAAGCAUGAGUUGUGUAAAGGUGGCAAGUCUUGUUAACAGCACUAGAAGACUCAAAAUGCUUUUCUCCCUUAAAGAUUUUAAAAGAAGAACCAUGAAGCCUCUAAUGCCAGAAUGAACGUUAUAAGGCCAAAUCAUUUUGAAACUGUAAUUCUCAAACCAUGGAUUCCUGGUCCAAUAAAUCUCCCUAGCAUUGAAGUGAUUCCAAGAUGUCCAAUUUUAAAUAUGCACAUUAUAAAUAAAAAGGUAGCUUUUGA